AUGGAGCAGCCCCCGACGAAUCUUCCGUCCGCUCCACGUCCUUCCUCGCUGUUUCCCCAAGCUUGGUUGUCGCCCGUCUCGGAACUCUGUUCAGGCCAACAGGUUCCGUUACCCCUUGAGUCAGCGCUUUCUCUGCUGGGCAUUGUCACGUCUGCUUUGUUUCUUUCUCUGCUUCUGUGGCGCUUCCGCAAAUUGCGGCUCGAACGCCUGCCUGUCGAGGCGGACCUCUCCCCCUCUGUGACUGCCGAAAGGGACAGUCACUCUCGCCUGGCAUCUGCAGCCGACGCGACCGCCGCCGCGGCGCAGGGUCGCAGCUGCGCCCGGGAUUCCCCCAGCGGAGACAACGCGGGCGAAUGCCAGCGGUCCACGGAAGAGAAAGCAGGGGGCGAGAGAGCGAGGGGGGACACAACACCAUCAUCCGACAGCUUCGAUCCCUCCAUUUCUCAGAGGGGCUACCGUCGAAGCCGGAUCGGCUUGGCCCUCCACAUCUUCCUCUACGCUUCCAUCUUUUGUGCUCUCCUUCUGCUGCUAAGCCUGGUUGCUAUAGAAACCUGCAUUUCAGUGGAAAAGAGUGAUAUGCUCUGGCGAGACAGAGCAGUGAGCUUCAUUGUUGUAUGGAUAUUUGUCUUCUCCGGGCUCUACGGUCUGCAGGUCUUUCACACCUACCUGCCGUGGUUCUUCCGGCUGCGCUGCCCUCUGUCGGAGGCGACUUCCGUGUGCUUUGCGCGCGAGCCGAGUCCCCUGACUCACAGAGAUUCCACCACAGCGCCAAGCGAUGCUGCGUCUUCGCUGUGGCUGCCAAAGAAGAGUGCCGGAAACUGUAGAGACGAGGACACGACAGCUGGUCUUGACGAGGUAGAGACGGAAGAGGAUGAAGACGAAAAGGAGGUUUUGAAUGCGGAAGCCCCAGAUUCCAUCUCUCGGCUCGUCGCCCGAGCUCGCCAGGAGAUCUUCGCGUCUGCGCUUUCCCUGUUCUUUGGCAUCACUCGGGUGAAUACGUCAAAAGAGGGGAAAGACGCGCAGCCAUUUCAGGAGGCGGUCAAUUCGUCUUGGCUGUCAUUGGUACCAGUUGAACGAGUUAAAGUGAUGACGGGGUCUGUUCCCUCUGGCUCGAUGCCGUCGGAAGCCAACUUGUCGAAAGACUGGAAAGAGUCAGAUCCGUGUCCAGUCGGCAUUGACCAGGAAUGCUGCCGUGUGGUAUGCUGGCAAGGCCGACGGCAUGUCUAUUGCCCAGACGCAGGGCGGUUCGUCCUCUCCAAGAGUGAGCUUCCAAAGGCAGAACGGACUCGGCAAGCGGUAAUCGAGGUGAUCAACCGAGGAGGCAUUUCGCCUACGGAAGCCAUCAGACGACUACGCCAGUUUGGCGUGAAUGCGGUUCCGGUAACGCUGCCGACCCUGGCGGAGGCUUUGAAAGGGGAGCUUUCGGACGUCAUGUUUCUUUUCCAGUUUCUUCUGGUGUGCAAUUCGUUCUACUGGCGCUCGUACCUGGCGUCCUCGAUCUGGGCGCUGCUGGCGGUUUACGGCAUUCUCGCGAGGGUGUGGUUUGCUCGCAAGAGCCAAAUCAAGGUCCGGCGUCUGGCUGAGCAAGGCGACGCGACGCUCGUUCCUGUCCUCCGGCAAGGCUGCUGCGAGAGAGGCACAUUCGAGGAUCCCCUACGGAUUCCUGCUAAAGAACUCGUUCCAGGUGAUUUGGUCCUCCUGACUCCGGGCACGUGCGUUCCGGCGGAUCUGGUUCUCCUCGACGGUAGCGCCGUGGUGGACGAGAGUGAGCUGACUGGCGAAACAAAACCCAUUCAGAAACUUCCAUGGCUGUCGCGUCGGCCGACAAAGACGCAGCGAGCAGGGCGCCAAGAGGAGUGCAAGGAGAGGGAUUGCUCGUCUGCGGACAACAAGGACGUCCCCUUCUCCGUCGAUAGGCCGAAUAUGAGGAAGUCGAUUCUUUUCGCUGGCACGCACGUGAUUUCCUCUGCGGGCUCGAAGCCGUCGACAUGCCUGCGCUCUGGUCGCAUCGUUCCCGACUCGCCCCUGGACUCAGUGCCCGUCGGCGUCUCCGCGCCUGCGCAGGACGGCACUCUACCGUCUCUCCUUUCUCCCGACACGUCGCCAGCCUGCUUGGCAGUGGUGGCGAGGACGGGCAGCAGCACGGCCCGGGGGUCACUUUUGCGGCGGACGCUGUCGUCUUCCCUCUUCCUUUUCAAGUACGACGCCCAGCUGCCGGCGGUCUUCCUCAUCAUGCUCUGCUACGCCGCGGUUGUAAUCGGCAUCCUUUGCAAGUUUUCGCCGAAUGCGACCGGCGUCGCCGGAUGGUUCUACGCCAUGGGCACGUUAUCGCAACUGCUCCCGGUGUGGACUCCCGUCUUGAUUGCGCGGGCGCAGGCUGCCUCCGCGCAGCGCCUUCAGCAGACAAAGAAGAUCCUGACACUCGCGCCUCAACGCGUGGCGGUGUGCGGCAAAGUCCGCGUUGUCUGCUUCGACAAAACAGGCACCUUAACGCAGCACGGCAUGCAGUUUGCUGGUGUCCUUGCCACCAUCCGGUCUUCGCCACAGUCGUGUCCCCAGCUGCUGGGCCUCCAAACAGACCCCGGGAGAGGUUCCGGACCAGCGGAGUCGGCGGGCGCCGUGCACGGUGCACAGGCGUCUGUAGUUUCCUUCGAGAAGAGUGUGCGACCAGUCACUGCAGCAUGGAACUGGAGCGUCGAUUCCAUGGCCGUUUCCGAAGACGCGGGUAAAACAACCCGAGCGCCUUCCCUCUCCCUGCGCGCCCCGCAGUGCCUGGGCGACGAUCGAGACGUGGAAAACGAUCGGCCAAACGACACGCAAACACUGGAGGAAGAGAUGGCUGUCUCCUCGGAGCUAGACCAGAACCUCUUCUUGAUCGGCAUCUCCACGUGCCACGGGUUGACGUUGAGCGCGCCUGGCUUCUUGCUGCAUCCGGCCGAGCUGCUCAAGCAGUUCGAUGCGGAGAGCAAACUACCGGGCCAUUUUGGUAGCGGAAAGCCUCGUGGGUCGUCCAGGUUAGCCGAACGAAAGGACGAAACCUCGGAGAGCGGCGGCCUUUCCGUCCAUCUGAAAGACGCCCAAGCGAAUGAUGACGAACGCGACGAGACUGACGAGGCGGACGUGUUUUUGGGCUCCGACCUCGAAAAAAGGAUGGUGCAUGCCACUGGGUGGCGCCUUCUUCAGAUGGCGCAUGGAGAGGCGCAGGAAACAUCCGAAUAUGGGGAGCAGGACAGGCCUUGCCGAUGGAUGGUUCCCCCUCAGUUCGAAGAGCGCGUCAUGGCUCGACGAGACUCGUGGAAGCGUCUCUCCGCUGCUGGCCGGCAGGACAGUUCGUGCCACGGCGAACAGUCGGGAGACAAGGUGGCCGACAAACUCUUUCUUGAAUCAGUUAGACGCGGGAGGCGUGCACGUGGUCUUGACUUGAAUGGGAGUUUGCCCGACAGUUCACCAGGAGACGAGGAAGCGGUGGUCUUCUGUAAAGGAAGCUACGAAUCGGUUGGUCCGCUCUGUACCUCUGGACUGCCUGCUGACUUCACCGCACGCUGCAACGCCCUCGCGCUACAAGGCUUCUAUGUCCUGGCUCUCGCGUACAAGCAGGUAUCGGCGGCCAACCCUGAAUGCUUGGUUCAGGACAGCCCCCGGCAUGAGGCAGUCGAGCGCCACCAACACGCGAAGCCGGCAAGGUAUCGGUCGCGACACAAAUCCAGACGUGGGCUCCGACAGCCCCCGGCUACGAUGCAGCCAGAGCACAGCUGCGCCUCAGAACCAAAUGCGACGGGGACAGCUCCUGACGGGUCAGACGCUCCGGCCUAUCCUCCGGGAUCUUGCAUCGCUUCCGGUGUCGCUCUUGGGCGUCAGAAUGACGGCUCAAGGUCGCCUAAUGUGCCUAACGUUUCCCGGGAGUCGGUCGAAAGCGGGCUCCACUUUCUAGGUUUGAUUCUGUUCCGCAAUGAGCUGAAAGCCGACGCUGCAGAGGCAGUUCGGCAGCUGAAGCAAGGUCGCGUGAGACCCGUCAUGAUCACAGGCGACAGUGUCCUAACAGCCUCCUGUGUGGCGAGGCUCUGUGGCAUGACUGCUGGACAGUUUCCCUUAGACUGUGCAUCCGUUUUCGCCGGGAGCAGCUGUAGAAUGCGGUCGCAGGGGACCUACGCGCUAGACGCUGACUCGGGAGAACAGCCACCAGCGGAGCCACUCACUGGCACUGCAGCGCGCGCGGAACCUGCGCCGUGUUCAGCAGCAGUCCCAGAGUCGUCCGUCCGAGACACAUCGUCUCACAGCUCACCAACGCUGCUAGUGGCGGAAUUUAAGAACCCGGAGGAUCCCCAGUCUGGACUAAUCUGGCGCGAUGCGGAGACUCCCGAUCGCGUCUUUGGCGAAGCCGAUGUUUUUCAGGGCCUACCAACGGCCGGCGGCAUGUGCGAUCUAGCCGUGACGGAAAAGGUCAUCGAGUAUCUUGCAUCUACACCAGUCAGUGCACCCAGUGUAUACGAGCGGGCUCCGUACGCUUCACACAUCCACCGCGAGGACACUGGGUUCCCGUACGGCUCUUCCCGUCGUAGUUGCCUGUUUGCCCCCUCAUAUUGCACGAGUGAUGGGGCCGACAUUGACGCGGAAGAGCGAGCCUCUCUCUUGGAAUCAGGACACGCCGACGGCUCACUGAAGCAUCCCAGGAGCUACUCAUCUGGUGGUGGAAUCGUUCCACCGGAACAUCGCCGACCCUGGGCGUACCGGCUCUUAGCUGCCCUGGGGUUUGGUGCCCGACGACGACGCUCCGGCGACCUGAAGGAGAAUGGAGUUUCUGCAUUAAGCAGGGGUGAGGGCGGGGACCAGGUAUCUCUGCUCGAUGCCCUUCUCAUGCGAAUCAGGAUUUUCGCGCGCAUGUCACCGCAGGGUAAGAGACGAAUCGUGCUCGCGUUCAUGCGGCGCGGCUUCGUCACCUGCAUGUGUGGCGAUGGAGGGAACGACUGCGCGGCCCUUCGUGCCGCUCACGCAGGUCUUGCCUUCUCAACGCGGUCUGCAUCCGUGCUUGCUCCGUUCACUGCCUCGUCGCUGCAACCGACAGCUGCGGCCGACCUUCUCAAAGAAGGCCGGUGCAGUUUGGCCACUGCUCUUUCCGCGUACAAGUUCUUGGUCGUGUACGGCGUCCUGCUGUCCUUCGUCAAGACGGUGCUCCUCAUCUGUGGAGGCGGAUCCUGCAUGAGCCAGGCCAUCUACUUUUUAAUGGAUGUCGCGAUUCUUCUCGGCUUGAGCAAGGUCAUGGUUCGCGCCAGACCCAAAGAAAGCCUACGGAUCCGGUCGCCGACGUCCAGUCUCCUAGGCCCCACGACUAUCGUUUCCGUCUGCGUCAUGUUAUUGAUAGAUUUCCUCUUCAUCGUUUCUCUCUACUCACAACUCCGUACUGCCGGUCUGGGCGUGGACGUGGACUACCAGGCAGCCCUUCCCCCACAGGCUUGGUGGAUGCGGAGCGACACGUAUGAGGCGGCGAGCUGCGCCAUCUGGCUCUGUGUGCAGCUCACUAAUACGGCCUUUGUUUUCUCUUUGGGCGGCAUGUUUCGGGAUCGAGUUUACCGGAACCGAGCCCUCAUCAUAUCCACUGCAGUUUUGCAGCUGUUUUUCAUCGCCGUCACUUUCCUCCCGACGUCGAGCAUUUCCUGUGUGAUGCGGAUUAACUGUACCGACGCUGCUUCCCGUGCUGUACGGCUACCAGUUCCAGCAUGGAUGGCCCGUCCCGCCGCUGGGAUGCCUCUGUACAAUCCGCGGGGUCAUAAUAUCUUCCCCUUGACCUGGAAAGUGCAACUCACGAUUUUAUCUCUGGCAAAUGCCACUGUCAACAUUCUCAUGGCGAGGUUUCUUUUCUCUGCCGCAUUUCUCAAGUUCCUUCGGACUUACACAAACUGUCCUGGAGAGUCCGAUACCCUCAAGGUUUAA